UAUUUGCAAAUCGGUUUUUGUUUACCAAUUGUAUUUAACAAAAAAUCAUAAAGUCAAUUAAACUAAGGACAUCAUGAUGGAAAUUGAUAGUAUCUUUGAUAUUAAAAGUCUGUUAUGCGAUCAAGAAGAACCCAUUUUAACAGAAAUAGUAAGAAAUCACUAUAUAAAUUAUCUAGAGAAACAACUUAUGGAAAAUUUAAUAAGCUGCUUUCAUGGCAAGGCGGAUAAAGAUUGUCCGCAUGAUGCAAAUGAAAAGUACAAAGGAUCUAUAAAACACAUUGCAAAAUUAUUAGAGGAUAAAGCUGUUGAGGCAUGUCAAAUUGCCCAAAGAUAUCAAAGAGCUAUGGUGAAAAUCAUUGCCACAGUGAGACGUUCAACUCAAGAAAAUCGUCUAAUUUCCCCCUUGGAAAAUGCUAUUUUAAAAACUGAAACUCUUGGUAUGCAAAAUAAGGAGACCCAAACGGAAGCUGGUCUUCUAGAAAAAGAAGUAAGAAGAAGCAAUGAAAUGAUUAGAAAAUCCUUACAACAAGAGAAUAAUAAGGAAGAAGAGGAAGACCAUGAAAUGACAUUGGAUGAAAAAAUUGAAAUAUUUCAGAAGCGUUUGAUAAAUGGAAAUAUUGUAGCAUCACCAUACAGCAAAAGCGAACAUAAGACCAUUGCUUCAAAAAGGCACCAUUCACAUGUAAAAAAGACUCAUGAUCGUCAUCAUCAAAGUCGUCGUAAUCAUCACAGACCUUAUAAGGAAAAAAAGCAUAGUAUUUCAAACGAGGUAGAGGUAGCAGUGAGUCCCAUCAGCACUGUUAUAACACCAAUAAAGUCUACAAUGCAAACCAAAGUCAACGUUUCCAAGAAUCCUUUAGAUGACCUAGUAGCUGAUAUGGAGAAUUCAAAUGACAGCGUUGCCUUAGAAUUGGCUAGAUUAUUCAGCGAAGAGAAAACGGAAUUGGAUGAAAUAUUUGGUAUUGAUCCCAAUCAAGAACCUGACGACCCUCACAUUUGCAAAAUCCUUAAAGAAAUAGAGGAAGCUCAUGUUAGUCAUGAACCACACUCACAGUUAGCAGCGAACAAUAACAAAAUGGUUGUUGCAAGCGAUCUUAAUAAUAAAAUAUUAACACCCAAAAUCGUUACCAAGUCAUCAAUGCCAAAAUCAAUGACCACAAAAACGACUUCUGUAGAUCUCAGCAAUAGCCUUUGGCCUUGUGAGUUAUUUAUGCAAAAGCGCAAAUUAAGCGAUUCCUUAGCGCGUCUAAUCGAAGAGGAUCUACGUUGGCAUGAUAUAAUGAAAUGGAAGUUUAAAGAACUAUUCGGCGAGGACAGUGAUGAUGAGUUUGCUCCCUGCAGUCCCAGCAUAGAGAUGGAUGAUAUACUUAUGGGCAGUUGUGUGAAACGUAUAUCGCCUUGGAUUGUUAAGCAUCUAAUGAAACCCAUGAAACACGGUCUAAUAGGCAAUCGCUUUAUAUUUAAAAAACUAGCUAAACAUAUAGCACGAUCCAUUAUAAUGGAGAAUCAAUAUCCUGAUGAAUCAAUUAUAAAAGAAUGUGUGGAAAAUUAUUUUUGCCUGCAUCAGGCUGUAAUGCAUUUGGACGAUUUGCAAGAUGUACCAAGUAUAUCUUUAUAUUGAGCUUUCUCAAGUAAAAAAUUAAUACAUUUUUAAAUCACUUCACCUAAAAAUUUAGAAAUAAUAAAAGUACUAUCGACAUAAAA